CUCGUCGACACGGGAGCGACGCAAAAUUUCGUUCACCCGGAUCUGGUGGAACAACUGGGGCUAGAGUUAACACCGCUACGCAGCCCCCGGUCAGUACAGCUGGCCGACGGAUCGGUGGCGGAGGUAAAGUCAUCCGUCACGGCGGAGAUCGUCUUCGGCGACGGAUUCGACGCGUAUACUGGCACGUUCUACGUGUUCCGCACCCACCCGGAGCGGGUGGUUCUCGGCGACACGUUCAUGCGAACGGUGCAGCCG